GACAUAGACUUUGACUUAACAAACAUGGAAAAUAUUCUUGAUAUUCCUAGUCUGAGUGACAUGAUCCGUGGGGUAAUAGAUGAUGUUGUGGCAGGAUUUGUGGUUCUUCCAAACAGGAUCACAGUACCUUUGACUGAUGUUGAUCCUUAUGAACUGAAAUACCCCAUGCCUGAUGGUCUUCUUCGCAUUGAAGUCCUGGAAGCUAAAGACUUGAUCAAGAAAGACAUUGGUAUCAUAUCUAAGGGUUCUUCAGAUCCAUAUGUUAUUCUCAGAGUGGGAGCCAAGACAUUCCGCACAAAGACAAAGGACAGCACAGUGAAUCCAAUAUGGAAUGAAGUGUUUGAGGCCUUUGUGGACAACUCACAUGGUCAGAAAAUAAAGAUUGGUGUCUUUGAUGAAGACAAAGCGUCUGAUGAUGAAUCUCUUGGAACUGUUGAGGCUGAUAUCGGUACCAUUGUCCAACAAGGCAAUGUUGAUUUGUGGCUUCCAUUAGAGAAUGUGAAGAGUGGCCAGAUCAACUUGAGAUGCACAUGGUUCACACUGACUGCCAAACCAGAUGAUCUCUCACCGCCUGACCAAGCCAUUAUUGGUGAGGAGAUGUUAGCAACAGCAGCUCUUUUUGUUAAACUGGACUCAGCCAAGAAUCUUCCAGUGACAAAUGCUGCCCGUGGUACCACAAGUGCAUUCUGCAAACUUACUGUUGGAAAUGUCACUUUCCAGAGCAAGACCAUUCAAGACUCCAUCAGUCCAGUGUGGGAAGAACCAUUUCGCUUCAUGAUCCAUGAUCCUAACUAUCAGGAAUUGGAUAUUGAGAUUUUUGACAGCAGCAAGGAGAAAAGCAUUGGUAAACUGGAGUUCCCCUUGGCUCAGCUUCUGAAGAAUGAGAACAUGACAUUUGAACAACCUUUCCCCUUGAAGGAUUCAGGCCACAACAGUACUUUGACUUGCAGGUUUACACUGAAGGUAAACAUAUUCAAACUGUGGUCCCAGAGAGAUGAUCAUCAGUAUGUCUUUUCACCCGUCAUUGCCAAAUUUGGUGCUUUGUCAAGAUUUCAGUUUCUGUGA